AUGCCUGCUCGUCCCGCAUCUGCUCUGCAUCCCCGCGAAACCUGGGCCGCUUACCUCCAUCACCGACCGCUCCUCGUAGGCAUCGCUUUUGUCAUCGUCCCUGUCCUCGCUGCCCUACUCUCCCUGUGGAUUUCUUACGAAGAAGUCCCCAACGAAACCUUCCCGACGAAAGUGCAGUCGCCGUUGCCGAACCCCGCCAACCCCGCGAUCCUCGCCGCCGCCGCCGCCAUACCUUCUCUCUUCUCGCCGCGGCGCCUCGCCCAACUGUCUGGGCACCUCCUCCGCCGGGCACCUUCACCCUCAUCCUCAAUCGCUACACCUCCCACAGUCGCCACCAUGGUCGUCGCACCUAGAUACGAACGUGAGCUGCAGGUGGCCGAGCUCGCCGUGCAGCGCGCCGCCAUCCUCACCAAGCGUGUGUUCCACGAAAAAGCCAAGGGCACCGUCGACAAGAACGACAAGUCGCCCGUCACCAUUGGUGACUUUGGCGCGCAGGCGCUCAUCAUUGCCGCGCUCCGCCACAACUUCCCCGAGGACGCCAUCGUCGCCGAGGAGGAGGCUGCCCAGCUCCGCGAGGACGCGGCUCUGCGCCGCACCAUCUGGGAGCUGGUGCGCUCGACCUCUCUCGCCGACGCCGACGCCGAAGCGUUGCUCGGCGGUGCCAUCCCGAGCGUCGAGUCCAUGCUUGACCUCAUCGACCAGGGCGCCAGCCCCGGCGGCAAGGCGGGCCGCAUCUGGACCAUCGACCCCAUCGACGGCACCAAGGGCUUCCUCCGCGGCGGCCAGUACGCCGUGUGCCUCGGCCUCAUGAUCGACGGCGACGUCAAGGUCGGUGUGCUCGGCUGCCCGAACCUGCCCGUCGACGACGCCGCGCGGCUGACCGCCGAGAGCGGCGCCAGCGGGCAGACCGACGCCGAGGGCCACGGCGUGCUGCUGUCGGCCGUGCAGCACCACGGCGCGCACAGCCGCGCCCUGUCGGCUGGCGGCCUCGCUGCGCCGCCCGCGGCGAUCGGCAUGCGUCCGCUGACGGACCUCUCCGCGGCCACGUUUUGCGAGAGCGUCGAGGCGGCGCACUCGGCGCACGGCGACCAGGCCAACAUCGCGGCCGCGCUCGGAAUCACGGCGCCGAGCGUGCGCAUGGACUCGCAGGCCAAGUACGGCUCCAUCGCUCGCGGCGCCGGCGACAUCUACCUGCGCCUGCCGGUCAAGGCCUCCUACCAGGAGAAGAUCUGGGACCACGCCGCGGGCGAUCUUAUCGUGCGGGAGGCUGGCGGCCAGGUCACGGACAUCCACGGCCGCCGCCUCGACUUUGGCGCGGGCCGCACCCUGGCCAACAACAAGGGCGUGGUCGCGGCGCCGGCGUCGGUGCACGCGCAGGUCCUCAAGGCCGUGCAGGAGGUGCUCAAGAUUGAGGUUUGA